UGCCCUUUCCAUCUUUUAACUUUUUCUCUCUAUUUCAUCAUAUAGUUUUGUGGCUUUCAUCUCUGUCUCAUUCUGUUUUUACUUUACCCUUCUCCUCUCUCCUUGCUCUUUUCUCCUUUCUCCUUUCUCCUUUCUCCUCCUUCUUCUUCUCGUCAUACCUCCUGCAAUCACGUUUAUCAGGUGUUUAUGGCGGUUUUUCCACCAACGGGCUCUUCGAGCUUGGAGUUGACUAUAUCUGUACCUGGCUUCUCUUCAUACCCGUCUCUUCCUAAUCCAUCUGUGAGAGGUUUGGACAUAAACCAAGUACCAUCAAUACAAGCAGAUCAAGAAGAAUGGAUGACAGCAGGCAUGGAAGACGAAGAAGACAGCAGUAAUGGAUCAGGCCCUCCGCGGAAGAAGCUUCGUCUCACAAAGGAACAGUCUCGUCUUCUCGAAGAGAGCUUCCGACAACACCACACCUUAAACCCUAAACAGAAAGAGGCGUUGGCGAUGCAGUUGAAGCUGAGGCCGCGGCAAGUUGAGGUGUGGUUUCAAAAUCGUAGGGCCAGGAGCAAGCUGAAGCAAACAGAGAUGGAAUGCGAGUAUCUGAAGAGAUGGUUCGGAUCACUGACUGAACAGAACAGGAGGCUACAAAGGGAGGUAGAGGAGCUGAGAGCCAUGAAAGUGGGCCCACCCACCGUGCUUUCUCCCCACAGUUGUGAGCCUCUUCCGGCAUCUACACUCACCAUGUGCCCUCGCUGCGAGCGAGUCACCACCACCACCACCACGCUCGACAGGGACAAAGGCGGCCCCACCAAGACCAACAUUUCUUCCGCCCCCGCUACCACCUUGUCCUCUAAAGUGGCAACGCCCGCCCUCUAAUCCCGGGGUGCUGGCUGCAUUGUUUAGUUUGUAAUUUGACCCAGUACUUGAUCACGAUCAUCAAUAUCAAUGGAAAUAGUCAAAAGCGAAAGAUUAGAGAAUGUUCAUAUAAUUAAUUGUUUAUACAAGGUGUUGGGUUGGGACACAAAACACUGACGACUUGUUAAUGUUUCAAUGUUGGUUUGUGUUA